GAAAUCAAUAUGGCUGUUUGGCAGAAUGCACAGGUGCAAAAAAGUGCAACAAUCUCGGACAAACUCCGUAAAAAUGUGUGUUGUAACGUGAAAAUCGUGACCUCCAGGCUAUCGUUUAGGUACUUUCGGCACCGUAAAGUAACAUACUAGGGAACGAGCUAUAGUGUUUGCCGAAACUAGUGCUGAAAACUGUGCUGAAAGUACGCAACAUAAGUACGUUAGCAGCAGCAUCAGUGCCGUUUUUUUGUGGUUGGCUGUUUUUGUCCCAAUCUUGCAGUGUUUUAAGGUAUUUCAUGCUUUAGAACUGUGCUGAUGCAAUCUCGUGUCCCUUGCCUAGACAGCGCAUCAUCAUACUUUGAUCGAUCGAACGCAACGGGCACAAACGGACAAACGUGUGUGGUGCUGCGGUCAUCGUGAGAGAGUGUUGCCGCUUUCGUUCGUUACACCACUUUCUAUUCGUCCGCACGUGUAAAGAAGAGGCAGUAGUAGCAGCAGCAGCAUUUGACCGAUAUUUAUCUGUUGUGUUUUGCUUGGACAGCUCCAUGCGUAACAGCGGAAGAGCAAGAGGCAGUGGAAGAAGCAGCAGUGCAACGGAAGUGGACCAACCGCAUACGUAGUAAAGUGCGGCACAGAAACGUGAAGGAGAGAGAGUUAAACGGAACCAGCCCGAAGCAGCCAUGGAUUCCGGAAGCGGAGGUUUCAUUAGCAGCAGCAACAGCAGCAGCAGCACCUGCCACAAAGCCGAUCUGAAUCUGCUGGUGAAGAAUAUCGUCAAGAUACUGCUCACCACCUCGAAGUACCUGCACUGUCCGUUCUGUGCCGACGAGUACCUGUUCGAGUUUACGCUCAAGCACCACCUGCUGAAGAAUCACGAGCGCGAUCUGGAGAAGAUUGUCCGGUCGCCCGAUGCGAGCAUACGGUUCUGCGAGAGCAACAUCUGCCCGUACUGCGGGGCCCUGUUCUACUACAUUUCCGCCCUGCCGAAGCAUAUCAUGAACAGCCACAGCCGCGAGUGCCUCAUGAAAUGGCAAGCGAUCGAGCAGGAGAAUAGUUUGGUGCGAAAGCUGGCCAACGAUCCAAGCAUCCAGUGCGUGCCGUGUUCACCGGGUUUGAGCGACUUUUUCGACGAGCUUACCACGGGCAACAGUCGACCAAGCAAUGGGGCGAACAGUGGCAGAAACAUGAUACAGCUAGCGAAACCUUCCCCGCUGCUGAAGACGGCCCUACGGAAUGUGAACCGCAUUACGACGGGCGCCCAGCCAAACGGUAGCUGUACAGGCAUCGAUGCGUCCGGUACGUCGGCCUGGUCUAGCUUUGGGUUCGACAGUUCCACCACCCAGCAACCACCGCGCCGCAACCUCACCAACCAAUCCGUCCGGCGAGAGCUACACUUCGGUGACGGUGAGCGUGGCGGCCUGGAUGGUGCCGGCGGCGGCACCACUGAUUCACCGUCGCUCUGCAACCUUAUCACCGGUGGCUGCUCACCGUCCUCACCGAGCAACGAAUCGGUAUCCUCCGUACGCAAACCAAAGUUCCAGCGGAAACGGUUCAACCUGCGGUCCAUCAAGCCGAAGCUAAACUUCCGGAAGUAUGUGCUGUCGAAGUUUUCCAAAAAAUACCACUGCAAGAUCGUUACCAGCACGCCGAACAAUUUCCUGGACGAUGGAAGCGGUAGCCGCGAUUCGACCCGGUUCCUGCACAAUCAGGAACGCUGGAACAGGAUACACUUCGAAUGACGAAGGUACGGGUCGCCGUUUUCGUGCGUCAUCGAGUAUCUGUGUGGAUUGUUGUUCUGUUGCGUGUGAAGCACACUGCCCCGUGUACUGGGAUGCGUCGAUGCGUGUGGAUAGUGUACGUACCCCCCGAAAAACAAUGUGGCUGUGCAAUCAUCUCGGAGACAUUCCCGUGUGGCGACUAGCGAAAUGUUACAGUAAUACAAAAUGUUGAAUAUUCGUUAUCUGUGAUCACACGGUACACACGUAGGACUGGGAAUGCAAACUCCCGCUAAUCGGUGCAGUAGGCGAAAACCACGUUGCUAGCGAUCGUAGUGGGCAAUGGAUAUUUCGCGCGCUCUCCCCACACAGAAACGCAGCCAACAAUAUAGGACGAUGUGAUUGCUAUGGUGAGGGAGUGCUACUAGAUAUGAACGUCACAUUUUGUAAUACUCGCAAUUCUUUAGAAAGGAAGCAGGAACAUGCCGGGAAUGUAUGUAGUUCCCGUUCCUGGGGGGGAUUGUUUCUGCAUUGCGCUCCUCGUAAACUAAAACACCAAUACAUAAUAACUCUCUGGACCAAUAUAGCCAAUAUGCCACAGCACGAGGCAUAUUCGCGCGUGUACGGUGAAAAGCCCUAAUAUUAAAGCUCGUCGGAGAUGAGCAAGACAUUUUAUUCUGAACGGAAUAUAGCAGUAGUAGUAUCGCAUUUGAUUCACUCGUUAAUUUAUAACCUUCGAAUAGCGGAAUAGUGGAUAGAGUUUUAAACAUUUAGACCGAGCGUAGUGCUAGGAGGAACAUCAUAACGAUAGUAAGCAAAACAAAACAAAUGAACUUGAAUCUCUCACUCUUUCCCUUUUGCCUUGUUCGACAACUAAACUCUACAAAGUAAAUCGUAAAUCGUAACAAAAGACACCAAUCGUUUUUCGCCUAAUAUAUAUAUAUCUCGAAUAAUUAAAGUAAUUAUGAUAGCAAAACGAAACGAAAACUCCAAUAUAUUUAACCUACAAAACAAAAAACACUAAGUAAAAAGAGACAAUUUUCUAAUCGCUUCCCUUGCGCGCGCUUCCAAGAGAAACCUAAGGAGGGACUACAGCGAAGUAAUCGAGCAACUUUAGCCUUCUUCCAUGGGUCAUUGUGAGAGGAUGGAAACAAUUCGAAAUCGAAAAACGGAUGAUUUUUUAACCACAGCGACUAAAAGCAUCUUACUAGCAGCCUUACGCGGGGAAGAGGUAUAUUCUUACUAGCUAUACAGAAAACGGAUAAGGAACCGAUUCACAACAAGAUAUUAAAUAAUGUGCCCGUAAUCUCGCCAUGGAACGCCGAAUGGAACGAACGGGGUGAUUGAAUCAGUUCAUCCAGCGUAAUAGUUAUAUAUUUCGUAAAACGGACUAUUUACCGGCAGGGGGGGUCUAGGAGGUGGGUUUAUACCGAUAGCCGACGAUUUGUUGCAGCGUUAGUAGAGAUAGCCCGUAUCGAAGAGAUAGUAAUUUAUCGCCAACCAAGAAGGGAAUGGUAAUCUCGUUAAAGUAUUUCUGUUAAUAAUCAACAAAUAAUAAAUCCAUCAUAUUGCAUUCCGUACCCGGGACGAUUCUGGA